GAUACUCAGACAGCAGAGCAAGGGGCAGAGCAGAACGAUGGAGAGGUGGCUGGAGCUUCAGGGCUCCAGGGGCAGGGCAGCGUGGCAUUUAGAAUGGAGAAGUGGAGUCACGUUAAAGGGGACGGGGGAUUGCCAGCAGCGUGUACGUGGAUCGUCGUGACUGUUUGGCUUUCAUGGAGCGCAUCGGCAACCUGAACCGCCUGCUGCUGGGAGCCCUGCUUCUGUGGAGGCUGACGCUGCGUGCCACAACUCAAGAGAUGCUGGCUCCACCUGGACAGGUGAGGUUCGAGUCCACAGACUUCAAGAACAUCCUGCACUGGGCCGCGCCCACAAACAGCUCCCACCUGCAGUACCACGUCCAGCUUAAGAUUUACGGCGAGCUGGACUGGCUGAACGUCAGCCACUGUCAGGGCAUCCCGAGGCACCACUGUGACCUCAGCGGCGCCACCUCCGACGUCAGAGAGUGGUACUACGCCCGGGUGCGAGUGUCGUGUGCGGCCAGCGGCAGCAAAUCGGCCUGGGCCAUGUCCCGCAGAUUCAGCCCCCGCUGGAACACCAAAAUCAGCCCCCCCUCAGUGAGGCUGAACUCGACCAAGCAGGGCCUUGUGGUCCAAGUGAAAGCCUCCAGAGUGCUGAUGCGCAAGGUGCACAGCGGUGUGGACAACAACAUCUACGUCGUUCACCCCGGCGGACAGGAGGAGGUUUACGAGGUGGCGAGCGGCUCCAAGCUGACUCUGACAGAGGUGAAGCCCAGGACACACUACUGCGUCCAAGCACAGACCGUCGUCCCCCGGCACAUGAAGAGCAGCGAUCGCAGCGCCGCCAAGUGCAUCACCACAGACUGAUCACACGCAGGUCCGCUUCUGCACCACAGAGAUGUUAUGUCUGUGAGAACGCGCCUGAUGGGUUUCCUUCUUCUUCUUCUGCAGACACCGGUUGACUCAAGCCGUCUCGUCAUUUCAGUCCUCACCCCUACCUCCACGGCCUGCAGUCACGGGUGUCUGAACUCGGAAAACUGGUGCGAUUGAUCGAAUCUCUCGAGGAGCAUAUGUUAUUUAAAGUCUGUUGCUACACUUGAAACUUUCUAAAUUGACAUUUUAGAGCAUUUUCUGCUGAGGAUCACUGUGAAAUCGAUUUCUUUGAGACGUUGUUUUUGUGAUUACGUUUGUUGUUUUUGUGUUGUUUUUUUUGCUGAAGCGAAACAUGGAGACUGUUUUAUCUACUUAAAUAUUUAUGCACAAGUUUAACCUAUUUUGAGGAAGCAAACCUUUAACAUUGUGUUUUUAUCUCAAACAAACGAGAACGAAUGAAUGUUCCUGUACAUUUUGGACACGGCGUUUAAACAGAAUAAAGACUGCCAGAGCUUCUGUUUGAGAUUAAAAACUGGUGAUGUUUUAUACCUCAUGUUUGUCCUGCAUGCAUCAACUCACUAAUAAAAGGAUCCAAUUUCCUCUUUUAAAAGUCAAUUUGUUUGUGUGUUCAAUUGUUGUGCUGCUGAAAGGUCAAAAUCGUCCUGCAGAGGGGUUUUUAUCGUGGAACGCUCUCGUGUUUUGUCACAAAGCUGGUUGUGUUUUAGUACAAUUAAAAAAUAAAAAAUAAAAUAAAGAGGGCGACACUAGGCUUGAUGUAGACUUUAUUUAAAACGUUGACAAACAUGAUAACUCUUGAUCGAUCAGGCAUGACAUAACCAAUACUGUCGGGAUAAACACACGCGGCUCACUGGAGCAGAUCUGAACCCAGUCGGUGUGAUCAGGUGUCUUCAAAAAGAAAGACAGAAGAUCUACACGGUUUGAUCUCUUCGCAGGCCUCUACGCUUCGUCUCCUUCGUAUAGCAGCAGGUUGCAUUAGUGGCUUUUGGGUCUGAACGCAGAAAAAUAUCAUUUCAAAUCCGGUCCCCAUCGCUGCCGUGGAAAAAGCGUCUCAGGAAUGUGGGAGAAAACAUUCGCGACAGAGCGGCGCGUUAUUUACAGACGGUUCUGAAAAACUGAAGGGAAACCGGCUCGUGGACAGCACCUUGGAAGAGUUUAAGAGUCGGAUACUUCACGUUCUACGAAAACUAAAUAAAAAAUAUAAAAAAUAAUCAAGACGCACGCACACAUCGGGAAGACAUUUACACCGUCUGGUAGCUCAGACGCUUCUCUGAGUUCAUCCUUUAGCCCUUCUCUAGGAAACUCAGUAAGACAACGAGAGAAACAAGUGAAGAGAGGCGUACGCACUUUUCAGUUAAGGUUAAAAACCGAUUCAGAGCUCUGGAGCUCGUAGAAAAGGCCUGGAGAGCGAAGCCUGCUGGAAGAGAGAGAGAGAGAGAGACCUUCACAAGUCCUGAGGAAGCAAGUAGUCCAAAAUAAAAUAAAAUUCAAACGUCUCCAGACUUCUCUGAGCGCGAUGGGACGAGUUUGUUCAGAUGACAAGACAUAUCUUUACGUUUAAAUAGACUUCACGAUGCGAAGCGGAUACAACUGAAUGCGGGAGUUGCUGAAUGUAACAGUUCAACAGGUUUAUUCAGGUGAAAUGCUUUUGGAUUAAAAGGCACUGGCUUUACCGGGCGCACUUUAAAAAACAGCUGCGUUCAGGAAUGUGUAGGAACAACACGAGUCCCUCAAUAAAACAGCCCGACUUCAAACGGUGAUUUGUUUCAGUAACUCAAUUCAAAAGGUAGAACUUGUGUUAAACAGAUUCCUUGCUUUGAUGACUACGGCUUAAAGCUAAUGGAAGUAUAACAUUUCUUGAGAUUUUGAAACUAUUGCAUAAGACCAAUAAUAAUAAUAAUAAUAAAAAAAGGACUGAUGUGAACACACACCAUAGGAUCCACUCAAAAGGUCACUGCUAACGGAGCUGCCUGUUCAAUGGAUAUUAAUGGAAAGUUGAGUGGAGGGAAAAGUGUGGCAGUGCGGAAAAAGAUGAAAAAGUAACAGCUGAGAAAGGGUUGUGAAGCCAUGUGGAUACAGAUGUCAUCUUCCAGCAGAACUUGACUUCUGCUGAAACCGCCAGUAACCAUGGCAACACUGCGACUGACGCCCCUGCGAACUGGUCUGACCUGAACCCCACAGAGAAGCUGUGGAGUGAUGUCAAGAUGAAUUAAGUGUAUAAAUAAACCGUACAGCACACAGACUGAUAGUUAGACUGAUGUUUCUGCUUUCCAAAUCCUUAUGGGAUAUUUCUGAGACGUUUCCUGAGCUCCAGGCCACAAUCAUCAAAAUUUUAAACAAAAGCCAGAGUGUGUGUGUGUGUGAGUGAGAUGACUCUGCAAGAGUUGCACUCUUUGAAUUCCCCAUUACAGAGGCAGCUCACGUGUUCAUGUUUCAGCCAAUCAGCUCUCGUUGGGUUACUGCUUUGAUUAAACUGAUGUGAAAAAUCUGCUUUAGUGUGCCGAGAACCAGAAAAAAACAAUACAAACAAAAAACAUCUAUAAAUACAUAAGCAACAACAUUUUUCUUUUCUUUUCAUUUUUUUUUUUACAAGAAUAGAGUCCAUGUCUGCUUUGUAAGACUUCCAGUGAUUUUCUACCUGCAUCUCUAUAAUCUUCAGGCCGUUCUGGGUGGAGCAGCAGAUGCUUCAGCUCUAGUCCUGAUAAUGUAACCUGUCCCUACUGCACAGACUGAGCUGACAGUCGCAAAACAUGUUUGCAAUAGAAAACAACAGCAGCAUUAGGCUGACGGUGGGUAAAAAGUCAUAUUUA